UGUAAACAUUGAUUUCAAAGUACUCCAUGCAUGAUAUGUGCGUGUAUGGGAGCCUAAAACCAGCGCCAAACUCUUCACCACUCGUAAAGUCAACACUGAUUGGUGGACCGGUAUCACGUGGUUGGUUGCCAUCCACACAUAUUGGGCCCGUGCCGGCGCCCACCUAGAGAGAGAGACAAACCAACAGUCAUUUAUCAUUACAACCAAAUCCAGACUGGCAGCUCGAACUGGUCGGAAUAUACCGUCAUUACUCUCAAUCGGCGGACUUGAUUCUGGCCAUGGAUAAAUCGUCGACGACGACUGCUAGCACACCGUAUGCCGACUAUACCUCACCAGAUCAAACCAGCAUGUAUUCUGGAGUGAGAGGGCUUGAUUAUUGCAGCGCUGCCGUAUCGCAGGGGGUAGGGCUCUACCAGGGCCAUGCCAAGUCGUACGGGGGCCUCGACCCGCAAGGAUUCGAUGGCCAUCUCGUAUCGGGCAUCGGAGUUCAAAGCACCACUAACUCGUACUCACACCUUGGUGAUAGUCGACAUCGACUUCACGAUUACAACCCGCCAUCGACCUGCAACUCGAUGUCCAGUAUGAACUAUGUUUAUAACCGUUCGGCGUAUGCUUACCCCGGUUCCGUCAAUCAUUACGGGAACUCCGAGACCGAAUACCCCCACAUCCACAAACAUGUCCGAAGUCCCACGUCGGCGGUGUCGUGUGCGACGUCGGGGGUCAACUUUAAUGGUAGCUACAAUAGCGAUUCGCCGUCGAUAACGAACCUUGAUUCACCGUCACCAACGUCGUGUGCGUUAGGGUCCGGGCAAGAACCGACCAGCGGACAACCAAUAGGCUCUAACGGAGCUGCGACGGACGAUGAGGCGAGAGCGACUGCCAUUACGAACGGGAGGUCGCCAACAUCAAGCUCGAAUGGCGAGGCGCAGUCACCAUCAGGGGAAGGUGGUCUUUACAAAUGGAUGAGGAUAAAAAGAAAUCCUCCCAAAACAGGUCAGUCUCAAGACAUUUCUGUAUUUUGCUUCAUUUUCUUUUCUUAAAGGAUGUGCAUUGUUGUGAUGACAUGCGACCUGCAGCGCGUGUACACUGAAAGAGGUCGAACGACGAUCGAGAUGUCGCGCUCGACUAGCAGUUCGUAUCUUUAAUAUUCAUGUUAGGCCCUCCCGCCAAGCCUAGGCGUUAAAACCCAUUUCCAACGUCCUUUAUUAAGACAUCUUAGAGAUCUGUCUCAAAUACCAUCACACAGAAGCAUAAGACACACAACAAAUCAUAACACUUAAUCAAAACAAGAGAAAUGAGCGUGCAUUCUGCGUGCUUGUUACAUAUUAUCGCCAUAGGGGAAGAUUUACGGUAAGCUGCUUCAGCUUAUCUUGGCUUAGGGCGCACUACACUAAAUACACUACCCAGUAGAUCAGCGGCAAUUUGAGAACAAAUACCUGAUGAUUUGUAAAAAUUACGAUGAUGCCCGGUGAUUCCUCAUAUUUUAUUGCGAUUGAUAUAAGAGGCUCGAAUAUUGCUUUCGGCGAAUGACAAUACCUUAACGAUUUAUGCGCUUAUUUUACAGACAACGACUGCGUGAGUCACUGAAUAGAUUUAGUAGUGUAUAAAAAGGUUUGUUGUUAUCGAAACAGUAUUUUGCUGUAAUUAUGCAACAAAUGAUAAGCUGAGAUUUUCAUACAUUAAUGAAAUUAAUGAUGAUGUAAUGAUGGGAUUACUAUAUAUAUUGACGAUCUACCAAUGUAAUUGCUUUUUUUGUAUUGUUAUGAUAGAAGAGCGUGGUUGAAGUUUAUUAAAUAUAUUUAUAUCGUAGUAAAAUACAAUCGUCGACAUUUGUAUCAGUAGCUUUUUAAGUAAAUGCCUUAUUCACUAGACGGCGUUGAUUAAUUAAUUAGAUGAAAGGAA